CAUCGACAUCUCUACCCGGGCUUCACUUGCAGACAUUCUCUAGAUCGACGAGGCGGAAAACAUGGCGAGUGCAGAAGUGGAAGCAUCAACAUCCGAAGUGAUUGCUCCGAAGCAGGUGCUGUAUUGCGAAGUAUGCUCGUACCCCGUGGAGUACUGCGAGUUUGGAUCCAGCCUGACGAAAUGUAAAGAGUGGCUGCAGAAGACGGACGAGGCGCUCUACAACCAAUUCUACUCAGAAGAGGCGCUGCAGGCGAAGAUCGGCACGCUGAGCUUGGAGGCACAAGCGAAGCUGGAGAAGGAUACGGCGAAGAAGGAGGCGAAGGCUGAGGCGAAGGCGGAUGCUGCGCUCAAGAAGAAAUUGGCAUCACAAGUCACUAUCAAGCGGAUAGAGCGAAACAAGCGCAAGCACGUCACCGCCAUCCAUGGGCUCGAGGCGUUUGAUGUCGACUUGAAGAAAGCGGCGAAAUUCUUCGCGCAGAGGUUCGCGACCGGUGCAUCCGUCACCAAGAACGUCCAAGGUUUCGACGAGAUUGUCGUCCAGGGCGACGUGAGCGGCGAGAUUGUCGACAUGAUUGAGGAAGGUGUCGGUCUGUUGAAGAACGUGCCCAAGGACAACGUGGUGGAGGUGGAGGAGAAGGGAAAGAAGGGCAGCUGAACGAUUUGCUUCCGGCGUAUCUAGCAGGAAGAUGUAUCAUCAUAUUGUAUCAUACCAUAACGUUUUCUUCUUAUACACAAGCCCAAAUGACGUCGAGGCGAGUGCAAUGGAAGUCACAC